AUGAGUCGUCUGAGAAUAGUGUCCACCACGUCCAUGGCAGAGUCGUCGUGGGGCACACAGAAACGGAAUAGAACCUCGAGGAUCACUAAGAUUGCCCUCAGGCAGCCGAGGAACGAUGCUGCCAAGGAACACUUGAAGAGCGUUACACUCCCGGAAGUCAAGGAAUCCAUCAAGGCAUCCUUCGGUGAGUACAUCAUGUACGAGAACCGGAGCAACAGCAAGAAGAGGAUUUUCAUCAUCGUGGACAAGAUCGAGACAUUCGAAUACCGUGAUAGAUCGCACUCCAUUGAUAUCGGGACCGUGCAGGACAUCAACAAGGGGAUGGACUACAUAUGCCUCAACUGCUGCUCCAUCCCUCCCUCCCCUGGCAUCAGUUCUUUUCUCUUUCCCCCACAUCUUCUUGCCGUGAGGAAACUUGCCAAGCAGCGCAUCGAAUACCCAGAGACCUCUGAGCGGGAGAGCUAG